AUGAUCUGUCACUUGAUUGAAUUGAACUGUCAUUACGAUUCCGAUUCUAACCUAAAAAUGGCCCCGGUUGAUAACACCCCGAACGUAAGCAUGGGCGAUUUUCAACUGCUGCAUUCCCUGAAUGCAUACAACAAAAUCCCGGUAUCUGAAUACAUAUCGAAAAAAACCGGGUUGACGGUGGUCAUAGCCGAAGUUGACGGUCCUGUGGUGAACGGGUAUUUUUGCUUGGUUACUGAAGCUUUUGAUGACGAUGGUUUGCCGCAUACGUUGGAACACCUUAUAUUUCUGGGGAGUGAGGAGUAUCCAUAUAAAGGUGUUUUGGAUUUGUUAGCGAACAGAUGUUUGGCAUCGGGAACCAAUGCUUGGACUGAUAUUGAUCACACUUGUUACACCAUGGAGACUGCUGGUAGUGAGGGAUUCUUAGCUCUGAUGCCAAUAUUUUUGGAGCAUAUUUUGUACCCUGUUCUCACAGAAGAGGGUUUUGUGACUGAAGUUCAUCAUAUAACAGAGUCGGGAGAGGAUGCUGGUGUUGUAUACUGUGAAAUGCAGGGUAGAGAAAAUUCUGCCGAAUCCAGGUUACAUCUGGCUUUAGCUAGAAAUAUUUACCCAGGAAAAUGUGGUUAUUCCUCUGAAACUGGUGGUAUCAUGAAAAAUCUCAGAGAAUCCACCACCAAUGAAAAGGUAAGAAACUACCAUAAAGAGUUCUACAGACCGGAAAAUUUAAAAGUAAUAAUCACAGGCCAAGUGAAGCCAGAGGAAGUUUUUAAAUCCCUAGAAAAACUUGAACUUAAAAUUCUCUCCAAGGGUGACCGAGGUGCCUUCCAAAGACCCUGGCAAAAUCCUGUCCCACCAAUACCAGAAUCCAAAGAUUUGGUGAUAAAAUACCCGUCUGAUGAAGAAAACAACGGAUUGUUCAGCAUGGCUUGGAGGGGGCCUUCUGCUGUCAAAGACAUCUAUCAUUUGACAGCUUCUAGCUUGUUUUUGAAAUAUUUAACGGAGUUUUCUGUAUCUCCUUUGCCAAAGGAGUUUGUGGAAAUCCCUGAUCCAUAUGCCAGCAAAGUUUGCUACAACAUCUACGAAAACGCGGAAAGUUGCGUCUACAUAAGCUUCGAGGAUGUUCCGUUGAAAAAACUUCCCGAAGUGCGCGAGAAACUUCAAGAAAUUCUGAAAAAAAUGCUGAAUAACGAAGAUAUCGAUAUGGAGAGGCUUCACAGCAUAAUUAACAAGUACAAGCUGGAAAGUUUGAGUAACAUUGAGAACAUGCCUCAUAAUUCUGUGGCGUUUAUGAUUAUUGGGCACAUGUUGUAUGGAAAUUCUAGAGAGGAUCUUCAACAAAGGGUAAAUCCUCUGGUCGACCUGAUGAAAUUGCUUGGCGAACCGAAGUCCUUCUGGCUGGAUUUACUGAAAAAGUACUUUGUAGAGAACAAGCACGUUUCCGUGCAAUGCGUGCCGAGCAUCGAGGAACAGCAGGAGAUGGCGAAAACGGAAAAAGAACGCCUGGAUGCGCAAGUGGCAACACUGGGCGAGUCCGGUUUGAAGGAGAAGGCGGGCGUUUUGGAGGCGGCGAUCGGGCACAACGAUAGGGAUCCUCCCAUGGACAUGUUGACCUCCGUUCCGAUUCCCUCGACGAACUCGAUGAAUUUCCACUCGGUCUCGAGGUACAGGAGCGACCUCGACGAUAAAGAGAAAAUUGAUUUGUCGGACACGCCGAUUUUCACCUAUUUCGAUCAUAUCAAGACCAAUUUUGUUUAUCUGUUCGCCAUGCUGGACACCUCCUCGAUCCCCUCCGAGCUGCGCGCCUACCUCCCGCUGCUGCUGGAGUCGCUGCUCGAGCUGCCGGUGAACCGCGACGGCCGAAUCGUCCCGUACGAGGAGGUGGUCGCGCAGCUGAACCACGACACCGUGUGCACGGAGGUGGGCGUCGGCCUGGGCGGCGGCGGCCGGCAGACGUUCAAGUGCGGCAACUACUCGAGCACGGUGAUCGUGUCGAUGCAGGUGGAGGCGGCGAAGUACGAGGCGGGCGCGAACUGGAUGCGCGAGAUCCUCUACAACACGGUCUUCGACGCCGAGCGGUUGAAGGUGGUCGCGCAGAAGAUGCUCAAUUCCAUUUCGGCGGCGAAGAGGAGCGGCAGGAGCGUGGUGGCCUUUUUGAUGAAGGCGAUGAGAUAUACUGAGGACAGCAACGUGCUGAAAAACAGCAUGUUCCUGCAAAACAAAUUCCUCGCCGACGUCAUCCAAAAAAUAAACAGCGGCAACGGCGAAGAGUUGGUCUACAUUUUCGAAAAAUUGCGCAAAAUGAUGACUGACCCUUCCAACGUUGUUCUCUAUUGCUCGGCCAACAUCGACAGCCUCGCUGACCCCGUCGAACCCCUCAAGAAAAUCAUCCCGAGCGACAUGCAAAUCGUCAAAAAACAACAAAAAUUAAAUGUGACUCCUGAUUUUAAACUGAUGAAAGACGAUGCCGAGGGUGGCAUUAAAGGUGCGGUGAUUGGAAUGGGCUGUUUGGAAUCCUCAUUUUUCUAUCAGAGCACAAAAUGUUUGACUUCUUAUACCGAUCCAGAUUUUCCUGCUUUGAUGUUGUAUCUGCAAUAUUUAAUUCAAGCUGAGGGACCGAUGUGGAAACAAAUAAGGGGCAAAGGUUACGCGUACGGUUACAGCAUGAUGGCAAAACUGAACGAGGGUCUUUUAUACCUGAUUUUCGCACGGGCCACGAACGUCCUGGGCGCGUACAAAGAAACAGUCGACAUAGUCAAAAAACAACUGACAUCGAAACAGUGGGACCCCACGCUGUUGGAGGCUGCGAAGAGCUCGCUGAUCUUCGAGAUUAUCGAGGAGGAAAAAACCAUCGGCAACGUUGUUAACUUGUCGGUGUUGUCGUACUUCCAGGGGGUAGACUACAAGUACAACAGGACUCUUUUAGACUUAAUUAAUAAGGUGACCAUUGAGGAUUUAAAUAAGGUCGGUGAUUUGUAUGUCUCCAAAUUAUUUGAGCCGGAAAAAGUUAGAACAGCGGUUGUUACAGUUCCAGCAAAAGUAAAAGAAAUUGUGGAGGGAUUCAAAAAAUUCAAUCUCGACGUUGAAGGUUAUUCUUCUUUGGAAGAAAGUUUUUUGAACAAAUAA